AAAUGUGCCCCAAAGUGUUCCACUUCAACUGCGUCAACCCGCCGUUGCAUGAAGAGGACGACGACGACGACGACGAGAAGUGGUACUGCGCCAACUGCAAGACGGCCAAGGACAUCAAAGCCACAUGGGAAAGGUUUCCGAGGAUACACCAGAUACUGAAGAAGGGCCAAGCCAAUGUGUUCGCUCAACUACUGCAAUAUGGCCUUAAGUGCAACCCAAUGGAGUACAACUUCUUGCCCCCGCGCCGGCCCCCAUGGGGACCCUUUCCGUCGGAAUCGCCUCCUCCCGUAGAAUUGCCACGGGAGAAGAAGGCAGCACAACACACCAACAAGACAACUCAGCCUGCUGAAGGCAAAGUGAAGGCGAAAGGCCAGUCCCACCCCAAACGAGCCAGGACCGAUGGGGCGGCUAAGAGACCAUAUCGAAGCAAAGCCCAGAAAUUAGGCCCAAAUACAGGCCCCUCGGAUAGUACGAAACAGAGACGGGGGCCCGGUCCUAUGAGUGACCCGUCCAAUGGCACGGAAUCGCCAGACGCACAAGUGCAGCGGAUAGUACAGAACAGUGUCUACCGCGCAGAAGCCAGGGGCAAAGCCAACCCUGCCAAGCCUAAGCACAGGAGAGGGACCAGCGCAAAGGGCCGGGCAACCCCAGCGGAAGGGUUAGAGGGAUUGCGCAUGACUGAGCCGAUUGGCACACAGGAAGACUUUGUGCAGGUGUGUAUGGACUCCACUCGCAGCGUGCAUGCUAGAAGGAAGCGCACGGCCAAGAAAACCACACAGCAGGCGGAUGAGGAUGCGCACCUGGCAGAGGCCUACGAACAGCAUGUGCGUGAGGUGAAGGAGGGGGCCACGGCACUCAUGGCGGCCGCAAAGCUACUGGAAACCACCAAGGCACAAAAGGCUCUUGCCGCACUACCUUCAGAUGUGAUCGCGUUGUUCAAAGAGUUCCGUGACUCUCGAACUCAGUCACAAUGAAUACGGCGUCGAUUUCAGACGGUCACA